UUUGUUAGUUUCGGAGUUUUACACAUACCGUACAUAGAUUUUUUACGCGUAAAAAACUAGUUUUGUGCUCUGUAUUUUUUUUACUAGACUAUUCCUAAUUCCUGCAAUACAUUCUAUUACAGAAAUCUUUUUUCGAUCUGUCACUUUCCGCAUUAUCCGUCAUUUUGACAAUGCUUUGACAUAUUUCUAACCUCUAAAAUUGAUGUGAGUAACGGGAGUUUGUGUCAAAGUAUACUAUUCAUUUGUGAUUCUUGUUAUGUUUGGAGACUUUAAAAUAAAGUAACAUCUUUCUUAAAUCUGUAAAUACAAAAUAUUAUGGAUGAUGGAAGAUCUGAGAAGCAUGAAUUAAAGCAAAAUAGUCAUGACAAAGUAAAAUCCGUAGUCGCAGCGUAUUUGAACAAGAGACAAUUUGUCGAUGUUAAACCUAGGAAAUCUCCAAGAAAAGUUGUUUUAAAACAAGCUCUAUUAGAUAAUAGAAUAAGUAGGUGUAAUUCUAUUUUAUUCAGCUUUGAGAAUGACAAAGACAAUACAUUACUAAAUGAAUAUGGUUCAAUGUUUCAAAAAUUUGUAUAUUGGUUAAAAGACAAAAUUGAUACUAAACAACAGUGUAUGGAUGUGGAGCCGUUAGUUGGACCCUUAUUUUGCCACUUGUAUCUAGAUUUACAGGACAGUGGUCAAGCCCAAUUAGCUAAUUCAUUUUACAUGAACCAUAUUGCUAAAGUAGAUGAGUCAAAAUGUGACGAAACAGUAAGGAAUUUACUUAAAAGCAUACACAAUGCUGAUCUAAGAGCAAAGUUUAGAUCAGCCAAGGUAGUUGUAGAUAUAAAUGCAGAAUCCUUAUUACUGUUAAGGAAGUUUGUUACUCAGACUUGUCACGUAAUUUUUCUUCACGCAUUACAGACAUGGUUUGAGCUGAAAACUACUAAAAUAAAACAACAGGAGUCUUGUAAAACCAGUGUACCAAAAUCUGAUAAAUUUCAUGAAGAACGUCAAUUAAUUGAGGUAGUAAAUAAGGAUGUGAAUGAUGAAUUAAUGAAAUUGCAUAAUGCAAUUCAGUCAGUUCAAAAGUUGCCUCUUGGCUUAUGUAAUGUUGGAAUAGUGAACAGUAAAUUUGAUAUUAGUUGCGGAUUAAUCAAAAGACAGGCUGGAUUAAUGGCUUAUGCAGAAAGCAAUGCAUUGUUGGUAAAGUCCAUAAAAGCUUUAGAUCCACCAUUUGGAUAUGAGGACCUGGGUCAUAUUAAGUUCACAAAUCAUUCUAGACAAAUUUACUGUGUUAGUCUUUCAUCAAACAAUGAUAUUUUAUGUACAGGAUCGGCAGAUCACACUAUUUCUAUAUAUAGCCUUAAGAAACUCAAGAUUCUCAAGAAAUUAUUAGGGCACCUGGGCCCUGUUUACACCAUAGCCUUAAGUCCAGAUUCAAAAUAUUUAUUAUCAGGAUCAGCAGAUACUACAGCGAGAUUAUGGAGUUUGCAGACAGGCAGACUAUUAAGGGUAUUUGCUGGACAUUUUCAGGCAAUUACUUCAGUUGACUUUCAUCCAAACACUCUUUAUGUAGCUACUGGUUCAGCUGAUAGGAAUGUGCGGCUGUGGUCCUUACAAAAAGGAGACCCUGUCAGGUUAUUCCAUGCUGCCAGGAAAGAAGUUUACUCCGUAGCCUUUGGUCCAAAUGGAUAUCUCUUAGCAGCCGCAAGCGAUGAUAAAGUAGUAAGAGUAUAUGAGUUAGCGUCUUCCAAAGUUGUACAUGAAUUUAGAAAUGAGGAAUCAGUAACCUGCUUAUUAUGGUCUAGCAACAGUAAAGAGCUGUGUGGUGGGACGUUAUCAGGUGUAGUAAAAGUUUGGGACUGCAGCCUUAAGGACAAGGAAAAAGAGAUAAAAGACGAGAGAGAUCAUACAAGGGGCAAGAAGUAUAAUGAUUCAAUCUUUCGGAGAAAUACUAAUGGUCGAAUACUUUCUUUAGAAUUUAGUUUAGGUACAUGGGCAUGCCUCACUGUUCCAAAACUAGGACAUUCUCCCGUUGAUACUUCAUAGAUCUCUUUGUAUACAUAUUAUAGUAAUUAAGCAAUUUGACAAGAGUACAAUUUUUUUUUCGUUAUUAUUUGGCAAUUCAGUAGGAUGUUUUUAAGUACUUAAUAUUGUUUCACAAUCACGUUUUUAUUGUUAACAAUAUUACUGAGAAAAAUGUAUCUUUUUUUUUGAAACUGUGUAGCUAAGUAAGAUAUAUUUCUAGUGAAUUAUGAAUGAUUGCAUAAAAGUUUAUUUCAGUUGAAUCAAAUUAUUGUUUAUUGGAAAUAAUUUCCAAUUAUUAAUUCAAGGGACUUUUGUUAAAUGACGAAUUAAAAUCUUUUUGUUGAAAAUUACAAUUAAUUUUUCUUAUUGUAUUAAACUAUUGUUAAUUGAAUAGUAAACGGUUUUUAUUUUAUUACUUGUAGUAUUUUGUAAGAUGUUUUUGAAUCUUAAAUAUUAUUCGCAUUCCGUUUGUAUUGUUAACAAUAUUACUGAGAGAGAUGUAUCUUAUUUUUACAGCAAUAUCUAAUGUAUAUAUAUUUCUAGUCAUUUAUGAAUCAUUGCAUAAAAAUCAUUUCCAUUGUAUCAAAUUGUCAUUGACUAAAAAGAAUUGGCAGUUUUUAAUUCGAAGGUUUUUUUAUUAGAUAAAUUGUGAAAAUAAUUCCACUGAUGAUAAUAAACGUUUAUUUUAUUAAUUAUAA